AUGUGCGAUCCUUCUGCAGCGACCGGAAAGCUUGCCAUUCUCUUCAUCGCAGAUCCAUGUGAAACAUCAGCCACACUAAAUUCCAAGGAAUUCAAAGAGGAGUUCAGUAUCUUACGCUACCAGCUGGACACCAAAGAAACGUUUCUUGACUUUUUAGAAAGGCACGAACAAGACAAAAUAUGUGCCAUUUAUGCUGGGUUUCCGGCAUUCAAAAGAAUCGGCGGUAUGACCCGAAGUAUCAUCGAACACAAGUCAUUCCCAAGGAACACUUUAAAAUGUAUCGUGCUUUGCUCAAGAGGCUUCGAUGGGUGGGAUCUGGAUGCAUUACGCGAACACAACAUUCGAUUAUAUAACUAUCAAGACGAUAAAAAUGAAAAUUUGAUAGAAAAUUUGAAACUUCAUCAAGUCGGUAAUGAUGUGGCAGAUUGUGCUUUGUGGCACAUUUUAGAAGGUUUUAGGAAAUUCUCCUAUUACCAAAAGCUUAGUAGAGACGCUGGGAACACGUUAAUUGCAAGGGCAAAAGCUGCUGAAAAGAACGGAUUUGCUUUUGGCCAUGAACUGGGAAACAUGUUUGCUGAAUCGCCAAGAGGAAAAAAAUGUUUAAUUCUUGGUUUAGGAAGUAUUGGAAAACAAGUAGCUUACAAGUUGCGAUACGGGUUAGGAAUGGAAAUACACUAUUGCAAGAGAAGCGAAGAUUGCACAGCGAGUCAAAACGAAAACUGGAAAUUCCAUAUCCUAGAUGAAACAAUAUAUGCCAAACUAUACCAGUUUGAUGCAAUCGUGAUCACACUACCGGGAACUCCUCAAACAGAACAUUUAAUCAACGAGAAGUUUUUGAAACACUGCAGCCCAGACUUAAUUUUAGUUAACUUGGGAAGAGGUGCAAUUUUGGACUUGCAAGCUGUUUCCGACGCCUUAGUGGAAGGGCAAAUCAAACAUCUCGGAGUGGACGUCUUUUAUAAUGAACCUCAAAUAGACGAAAAAAUCAUAUCUUCUGACAGCCUCACUUCCAUUACUCCACAUUUGGGUAGUGCGACAAAGGAUGUCUUUGAACAAAGUUGUGAAUUGGCAUUGACGAGAAUCCUACGAGUAGUGUCUGGGGAAGCCGCAAGCGACGAGCGUUUCUCCCGUAUAGUUUGA